CUUCUCCUAACGCUCUUGCGACGUUAUCUCGCCUUGCGAACGAUACCUGGACCUUUCCUCGCAUCGCUCACUGAUCUAUGGCUAGCGCUGAGAAUAUGGCGCGGCGAAUAUUUCGUAGACAUUGUGUCUGAACUCCACAAAGCAUACGGACCUGUUGUUCGGACGGGACCGAAUCGGGUCUCUUUUGCAUCCGCGGAAGCCAUACCGGAAAUUUAUGGCACUUCGAAAGUCUACUCGAAGGCAGCAUCAUACCAGCCAAUGACACUUCUGGCCAAGGGUCAAGAGAUUCCCACAAUCGUCACUCUUCGAGACGAGAAGCGUGUCACUGAGAUCAAAAGACAUGUAUCGAAUGGGUUCGCCCAAAGCACAUGGCUCAAGCAGGAACAUCAGAUCGACGGGACCAUCGACAUCCUCCUCGAUCAGCUUCGCAAAAGAGCAGGCACGGUCAUCUCUCUCAAUAAAUGGCUGAGCUUCUGGGGAUUCGACACGCUUACAAUGCUUGCAUUCUCUGACAUGCAAGGCCACAUGGAAGCCGGCGCAGAAGUCGACAAAACUUCUGCCGGUGCUAAAGCUCGCUUCGAUCAUUGGAGAGCUUGGGCUCUGCUGCCCUCGCUUGAAGCUCUCCUGUACAAGAACCGCUUUGUGCAAAGCUUCCAGAAGCCGUCGAGUGGUUUGGCGAAACUAGCCAUGAAACGCAUCGAGGAGCGAAAGGCAUCCACGGACGAGGAUGCACCCGAUCAGGAUCUGCUAGGCCGAUAUCUGGCGGCCAGCAAGAAAGCACCUGAUAUGAUAGGAUCUCGAGACGUGAUGGCUCUGACAAUCUCGACCAUCCACGCUGGCUCUGAGACGGUGGCCCAUACAUCGUCUUUUGCUUUAGCGUACGCACUGGACAAAAUGGAGAUUUUCCAAAAGCUUGAACAGGAGAUCUUGACUGCUGGUAUUCGGAGCUCUCCGGCAGCAUACGCGGAUGUUGAGAAGCUACCAUAUCUUGAUGCGAUCAUCCGUGAAGCAUUACGUUUCAGCGCAUCUCCGAAUACCAUGGAGCGAACCAUUCCUCCAGCAGGCGCGGAGAUCUGCGGAGUAGCCUUACCUGGUGGGACGGACGUCUCUGUCGCCAAACCUUGCACCUCUCGUGACGAAAGCAUCUUUGGACCACAUGCGGAUCAGUUCGACCCCGAGAGGUGGCUGCAUGCCGACGAGCAGCAAAGAAGAGAGAUGGAACACGCUACGCUGGCCUUCAGCUUCGGGAGGAGGGUCUGCAUCGGGCAGCAUUUGGCAAGGAUUGAGAUGAAGAAAUUGAUCGCCACCGUUGUGAGGGAGUUCAAGGUGAGUGGACUC